GUUUUUAGUCUAUGGUUGGGCUGGAAAUUGCCAAUCCGAUCUGGCAACACUGGCGGAAGAGGGAGCCGCCAUAUUGGAUCAGUAGACAGGAUAACCUGCAGAGCUCUGGUGAAGAAGACCCACACAGGAAUACAAAGCAACAACAUCAUACGAGCCACGAUGGCCACCGCCCCGUACAAUUACUCCUACAUCUUCAAAUACAUCAUCAUCGGUGACAUGGGGGUAGGGAAGUCAUGUUUGCUCCAUCAGUUCACAGAGAAGAAAUUCAUGGCGGACUGCCCUCACACCAUUGGCGUUGAGUUCGGGACGCGGAUCAUGGAGGUGAGCGGGCAGAAGAUCAAGCUCCAGAUCUGGGACACGGCAGGCCAGGAGCGCUUCAGGGCCGUCACACGCUCUUACUACCGGGGGGCCGCCGGAGCUCUCAUGGUCUACGACAUCACCAGGAGAAGCACCUACAACCAUCUCAGCAGCUGGCUGACUGACGCCAGGAACCUCACCAACCCCAAUACAGUGAUCAUCCUGAUAGGUAACAAGGCCGACCUGGAGGCCCAGAGAGACGUCACCUACGACGAGGCCAAGCAGUUUGCUGAGGAGAACGGUCUGUUAUUCCUGGAGGCCAGUGCAAAAACCGGUGAAAACGUGGAGGAUGCGUUCCUGGAGGCCGCUAAGAAGAUCUACCAGAACAUCCAGGACGGCAGCCUGGACCUGAACGCCGCUGAGUCGGGGGUCCAGCAUAAGCCCUCGGCCCCGCAGGGGGGCCGGCUCACCAGUGAGCCAACACCCCAGAGGGAAGGCUGUGGCUGCUAAUGACCGCCGCACCUCUGUUUCUGGCUCCUUCUGUAUAUCUCUAUCACCCCUCUUCCUUUGUCACCCCCCCCCCCCCC